ACAAUGGAUAAUGACACAUCUGUAUUUCUUCUACUGGAAUUCUCAACAAUUCGGGAACUACAGGCUAUAUACAUAGCUAUAUUUCUGAUCCUGUAUUUAAUGACCCUAAUAGGGAAUGUUCUCAUUAUCUCUGCAGUUGCUUUUGACUCCCGCCUUCACACCCCCAUGUACUUCUUUCUGAUGAACUUAGCCCUACAAGACAUUGGUUCUGUUUCACUCAUUGUCCCUAAAUCUGCUAUCAGUUCCAUUAUUUCUUAUUCUGGAUGUGUUGCUCAAGUCUUCUUGUUUGUCUUCUUUGUAAAUUGUGAUAUUUCUCUUCUUACUGUCAUGGCAUAUGAUAGAUUUGUUGCCAUUUGCAAUCCUUUACGAUAUGAGAUGAUAAUGAACAGGAAGGCUUGCAUCAAAAUGCUUGGCAGUGUGUGGAUUGCUAGCUUUCUCAAUGCUGUAUUAAACACAAUUGGAACUUUUACUACUCAUUUCUGUUCCAAUAUGAUCAAUCAGUUUUUCUGUGAUAUCCCACAGUUACUUAAACUUGCCUGCUCAGAUUUAUAUUUAAUUGAAACUGGAGUUGUAAUAUUUAAUUUUAUCUUAACAAUUGGUUGUUUUGCCUUCCUCAUUAUUUCUUACAUACAAAUCUUUAUUGCUGUUUCAAAAAUUCCUUCUGUUCAGGGAAGGAAAAAGGUCUUCUCCACUUGCUUCCCACAUCUCACAGUUUUCUCCUUAUUUUUGUUUACUUCUUCAUUUGCUUACCUGAAGACUCCAUCUGAUACCCCAUCACACUUUGAUUUUGCAAUUACUGUCAUGUAUUCUAUUGUCCCACCUAUGUUAAAUCCAUUAAUAUACAGCUUGAGAAACAAAGACUUCAAAAUUGCUCUUUCAAAGCUUUUUGCUCUGAGGACUUUCAUUUCAAUUGGCAAGAAUUAG